GAAAAUGUCAUAGCAACCUAUAAUGACACCAAGAGUUCUUAUUGUUGCCAAAACAACUGCUUUUCAUCUGUAUGUUUCGUUUUCUUGAAGUGGAGAUGAGAAUUUUAGUCUGUCAUUGAUGGGAAAGGUGGGAAUUGAAUUUUUUUGCCUGUUUUUUGUUUGAGAUUGUGAAAUUCACUCUUCAGCUGAAAUGUUGUUAAUGAUUAAGUCUGCUUUUGUUUGCCACACUACCAGCAGCUCAAUGAUCCACUUUCUUGCAAGAUAAGCUUGUUAGAUUACUCUAGUUAGCUACGAAAGGUUACUGGAAAAGGCGACAUGUCUAUGCCUUUACACACUUUUUCUUUUAGUUUUGUUUCCUUUUCAGCUGUUCUAAAACUUCUUUGAGGAGCUGCCAACAAUGUGCUUUGCUUUUGAUGUCGAGUGUGCUCAAAUUACGGCACCGAAAUUCGACCUUUUCUGGCUUGGCUUUGGGGAAAAAACAAAGUGAACCCUGCUUGGCUGUUACAGAAACUCAAAAUUUAAAACUUAUUAACUUCCUAACUAGAGGUUUCUGUAGAGUGUUGUUUUGAACUUCUCAAAGAUGACCAUUUCGUUCCAUCAGCUGCAAACGGAAUCUUAAUGCCUUUGGUCAAAAGUACUCAUGAUUUGGCAUAUGUCUCGACACAUUUCUGGAAGAGAAGUUGUAGCUGAUUUGGUAAUUGAAGUAAUAUAGUUGGAAAACAAUUCAAACUUGUUAGAAACUUCUAUGCUCAAAGUCAACUGGAGCUACUAUAUUUAUAUGUCCGCUAGGCAUAUGAAAACCGGGAUAUCUAUCCUACUCUUAUGCUUCAGUGGAUUUUCUCAUGCAAAACUGUGGUUUACAUGUAAAGCUGUCUUCCCUCUUUGUUAUUGUCUGUCUUCUGCCUGUGGCUUGUGGUGACUUGAGCUCCGAUAAGCAAGCCCUUCUGGCUUUUUCAGCUGCUGUACCCCAUGGUCGGAAGCUCAACUGGAAUCCUGCUUCCCCCAUCUGCACAACAUGGAUCGGAAUCAAUUGUAGUGUGGAUGGUCGAAAUGUCAUUGGUCUGCGGCUUCCAGGGGUUGGACUUACGGGUCCAAUUCCCAACAACACUCUGGGGAAGUUGGAAGCCCUGAGGGUUCUCAGCCUUCGGUCAAAUCGCCUCAGUGGUAAUCUGCCGUCUGAUAUCCUUUCACUCCCUUCUCUCCACUACCUUUUCCUCCAAAAAAAUAACUUUUCUGGUGAUAUUCCAACUUCCAUUUCCCCUCAACUCAGUGUUUUGGAUCUCUCAUUUAAUUCAUUGACUGGAAGCAUUCCACUAACAAUUCGGAAUUUGACUCGACUAACGGCACUUAGCCUUCAGAACAAUUCACUUUCUGGACCCAUUCCUGAUCUGGGCCUACCACGGCUCAGACGGCUCAACCUAAGCUACAAUCAUCUCAAUGGCACUAUCCCGUCUUCUCUACAGAAGUUCCCCAAUUCUUCAUUUGUUGGAAACUCUUUAUGCGGGCUACCUUUGAAUCCUUGUUUCCAUGCUCUUCCUCCUUCUCCUUCCCCCAGUUCCAUGUUUCCACCUUCAGAAGGCCCUCGUAGGCAACGCUCCUCGAAGAAACUUCCACUGGGAGCUAUAAUUGCCAUUGCCGUAGGAGGUGCCGCACUUCUAUUUCUUGUAGCUCUAGUUUUAUUUUUGUGCUGCUUUAAGAAAAAGCAGAAUGAUGCUGGUACAGAGCCGAAGGUUAAAUCUUCUGGUAUUGGGAGGGCUGAGAAACCGAGCGAGGAGUUUGGCAGUGGGGUGCAAGAACCUGAGAAGAACAAGUUAGUUUUCUUCGAAGGUUGUUCUUACAACUUUGAUCUAGAGGAUUUGUUGAGGGCCUCAGCAGAAGUGCUAGGAAAAGGUAGUUUUGGGACUGCAUACAAAGCAGUCUUGGAAGAGUCGACUACAGUGGUGGUGAAACGGUUGAAAGAGGUAAUUGUGGGGAAGAGAGACUUCGAGCAGCAAAUGGAAAUAAUUGGUCGAGUCGGACAGCAUCCAAAUAUUGUGCCUUUACGUGCAUAUUAUUACUCCAAGGAUGAAAAGCUCCUGGUUUAUGAUUACUAUCCAAAUGGCAGCUUGGCCAGUCUGUUGCAUGGAAACAAGACUACUGGAAGAGCUCCGCUCGACUGGGAGUCAAGAGUCAAAAUGUCCCUCGGAGCAGCAAGAGGCAUUGCUCAUUUGCACUCCAUCGGUGGUGCAAAAUUUACACAUGGAAACAUCAAAUCCUCAAAUGUCCUCCUGAACCAAGAUCUUGAUGGCUGUGUCUCUGACUUCGGCUUAGCGCCACUCAUGAACCAUCCCUCCACUUCAUCUCGUCAUGCUGGCUACCGUGCUCCAGAAGUGAUGGAAACUCGAAAACACACUCACAAAUCUGAUGUGUACAGCUUCGGAGUAAUCCUACUCGAGAUGCUCACUGGAAAACAACCAAUACAAUCUCCAAGCCGCGAGGACAUCGUUGAUCUCCCCAGAUGGGUCCAGUCAGUCGUCCGCGAGGAGUGGACGGCUGAGGUUUUCGAUGUCGAGCUAAUGAGAUUCCAAAAUAUUGAAGAAGAAAUGGUGCAGAUGCUGCAAAUCGCCAUGGCCUGUGUCGCCAAGGUGCCCGACAUGCGGCCCAGCAUAGACGAAGUAGUUAGAAUGAUCGAAGAGGUGCGGCAAUCUGACUCGGAGAACCGACCAUCCUCGGACGAAAAUAAAUCCAAGGACUCAAAUGUGCAAACCCCUUGAUCAAUAUUUUAGAAAAGAAUGCUUCACACUUUUAAAUUUUUGACUUUUUUCAUGUUCAGGUCCUGAGAAAUUGAUCUGAUUCAAGUUCUUGCAUUUGCAGUGAAGUGUGAAUUUGUCAGUCAUUGAGUCUUAUAGGACUGCACUCAUGUUGUACUGUACUACUCUUGCCAGAUAUGAAAAAUUCUUGCCAGAUA